AUGGAUGUUAUAAUGAUUCAGGAUUAAAGAAUGGUUAUUGGAUUGAAUUAUAUGAGAAAUAUAAUGAGUAAUUUAAUAUUUAAUUUAGAUAAUGUUAAAUUACAAUUAAAGGAUAAAAUAUAAAUGGCAAAAAGUCAGGUGAAUGGAUAAUAACCUAUAAAGAUGAAAAUCUGUUGUUAUAAUAUUUUAAUAAGUAGUGGAGGCUGGAAUUAUGAGUAAAGUAGAAAACUGGAUUUGGAUUUAAAUCUAUAAAAAUUUUAAAGAGUAAUUACUAUUUUAUUAAUUAUUUUAAAAAAAUGUUAAAUUAUUAUAGAGAUAAAAGGAAAAAAAUCAGGAUAAUGGAUAAAAAAACUUAGAAAAUCAUGCGUAGAAUAAUUCUAAAUUAUGUAAAUUAAUCUUAAGAUUGGUGAAUGGAUUGAUAUAGAUUCAAAUUAUGAAUUGUAUUUCAAUAGUUAAUAAUAAAAAAGGACUAAUCAAAUAACUUAUUGUGGAGAAUAAUAGAAUGUCAGAAAUUAGGAGUUUGGUAAAUAAAAAAGAAUUAAAUAAUUAUGUAUUUACUUUUCUAUAGAAAUAGUGGAGGUGGUAUAUAUCUUUUUGGAGCUUUGAAGGAUGGAUUAUGGAAUGAAUUAGAUUUGAUAAUUUUAGUGAGUAUUUUUAUUUAAUAAUUAAGUCUAUGUUAAAUAUUCUCUAGUGGUUAGU